UUGAAGAUGUAACAUUUAAACCACCUUUCGCUAUAUGGAUUUGUUCUUUUGGCAACGAUACCGCAAUGCUGCUGUACUACGUCCUGCCGCUGUCGUUCCUGAUGCUGGCCAGUUUCUGUUUGCUGGUGAAGACCAAGCUGCGAAUCAACCAGAUUGCCAGCCAGCCCGAGGAUACCAUUCGAACCGACACCAAGCUCGAUCGCGAGCGGUUCUUCCUGACCGUGCUGAUUUCCGUCGUGUUGGCACUUUCUUUCGCGCUGAACGUGCUUUCAUGGGCUUUCCCGGACAACCACGUGUUGUACUUCCUGUCCAGCGUCUCGUUCUAUGUCGUGGGGGUGGUCAUCUUUUUCCUGUUUAUCUGCAAUCGCCACGUUGAUCAGUGGUGCGGAAGAUCUCGUUGAAAAAGAUUUAGUAGAAAAAAAAAGUAUGAGGAGACCAAUAAACUGAU